GUCAAACGAGUCUUUGUUUGUAAAUAAGACGGCAUCAGUUCGCUCCGUUUUGUUUUUGCGAGAAUUCAUACGGAUUUCAGCUAAAUGUGUACACCAUUUCACAGAUAAUGUUCCAGUUAAAAAUGAAUCACAUCGCUGUAUGUCGCGUUUGUGCCUCCAGCGAAACUGUGCUUGAUCUGGUGGACAUUUUCGAGGAACGCGAGAAGCAGGAGCGCAUCGCCGAUGUUCUGCUGGAGCUGGCAGGAAUAAAGGCGACAGUUAAUGAUGGUUUUCCACGAAAGUGUUGUUCACAAUGUCAUUCCGACCUUACCAUCGCUGUAUCGGUGCGACGGAAAUGCAUCGAAUCGGAAAAACUCAUUCAAGAAACGUUGGAUUAUAACCUAAACUUUGCGCAUGAUGAAGACCAGUCGGACUAUGUAUCCGUGACAUCCUACAAAAACGAACUGAUUCCAAUGUAUCGUUGCUGGGAGUGCUCGCUAGACUUCUACGGCACUGAACAACUGCAGAAACACUAUGAAACCCUUCACGCAAACGCAAUCCACGGCUGGAAAAGCUUCGGUAACAGUGAAGUUUCCUUAUUUGAUUCAACCGACGAUGAAGAGUUGGAUGAGGAAAAGGCCGUAGAUAUGCGUGCAGAUGAAAGCUUUACUAUUCCUGCAGCUCAAACUCAUCGUUGCUGCGGAUGCUUACUGACGUUCGAAACCGAAGCCGAACUGAAACAACAUUCCGAUGCGAAACAUGCCCCAAUAGCAAUACAUGUUGAUGCAAGCCGGACAUUUCAGUGCCAAGUGUGCCAUCGUUUAUUCACAAACGCCAGCUCGCUAGAAAACCAUCAAAAUGCGACAUAUUUGUUCCGCUGCCAGUGUGCAACCUGUGGCCUGCUGUUUGGGACGAUGACACAACUAACGAGGCAUGAGUUUAAGCACUUGCACGGCAAAUUCACCUGCGACAUUUGUGAUAAGAUUUUCUCCAAUCCGGAAUACAUGAAAACACACAUGAAAAAGUUUCAUACAGACGCACGGGCAACGAGAUUGCAGCCACCGCAACACGUUUGCAACCAAUGUGGCAAGUGCGUUAGCUCGGCGUCGUACCUGCGAACGCACAUGAAGCUACAUUCGAAAGAGGAACCCUUCUCCUGCAACUUGUGUGGUGCUCGGUUUAAGUUAAUAUCCUACUUAAAUUGGCACAUGGCAAUGCAUAAAGGGCUGCACAAGUGCAAGCAGUGUAACGCAUCAUUCAAAAGCCCAUCGGAGCUGCAAGAUCACAUGAACAGCCACAAGGAAUCGAGGCAGUUCUGCUGCAAUCUGUGCGGUAGAGGUUUCUACACUCAGAAAGAUCUGUUCAAACACAUGCGAAAGGUGCAUUCGCAGUACAAAAGAAAGCAAGUGGUGAGCAAAUAAAUCGAAUAGGAUGUAAAUUUUAAA